AAUCAUUUUAAACACACAGUUGAAGAAAUAUAUUCACUAUCUGACUUCUUGACAAAUUUGAAAACGACUGUUGACAUAGUUUUUAAAAUAUUCACAAAAAUGCAACUUGCAUAAUAAUUUUGAACACUCUGUGUAAUUGCCCCGAUCAGAUCUGAGGGGUGUGUGGGGGAAACCCUCCUGUUACUGCUACACCACCGCAGUCUGUCAUCACAGCCCGUCACACAUUCAUGUAAAUGAGAUAGCUGGAAAGAAAAAGGUUUGAAUGAAGAGUGUAUAGGCAGGUGUUGAAUAACUGCACGAUUAGACAAGUAAGUAUUUAAAGAGAGAAAGCCUGACCCAUUUGGAUUAUAGUACACAGGAUUACUUAAUCCGUGACGCAGCAUAAUAACAAGACAGUGCGCAAUCUGCGUCUCGGGCAGUCUCAUGAGGACAAACACUGACAAGCAUGUUGCGUUUGUCUGCUGUGAGUCGGAGUCUUCUUCCAGCAGCUAUUUCCAAAGGAGGCGCGGCCACGAACAAUGCUCGCAAUGCAGCGACUGCAGCAAGUGCUGCCACUAACCUCCUGGAGGUAUUUGUGGAUGGGACACCUGUCAUGGUGGAGCCAGGGACCACUGUGUUGCAGGCAUGUGAGAAGGUAGGAAUGCAGAUUCCUCGCUUCUGCUACCAUGAGCGCCUGUCAGUGGCUGGAAACUGUCGCAUGUGUCUUGUGGAAAUAGAGAAAGUUCCAAAGCCAGUGGCAGCCUGUGCUAUGCCAGUCAUGAAGGGAUGGAACAUUUUAACCAACUCUGACAAAACAAGAAAGGCCAGAGAGGGCGUGAUGGAGUUCUUACUGGCUAACCAUCCAUUAGACUGUCCAAUUUGUGAUCAGGGGGGAGAAUGCGAUCUGCAGGACCAGUCCAUGCAGUUUGGCAGUGAUAGGAGCCGCUUCACAGAGGGCAAAAGAGCUGUAGAGGACAAGAACAUUGGGCCUCUCAUUAAAACCAUUAUGACUCGCUGUAUCCAGUGCACUCGCUGUGUGCGCUUUGCCAGUGAGAUUGCCGGAGUGGAGGAUCUGGGUACCACUGGUAGAGGCAAUGACCUUCAGAUUGGGACCUACGUUGAGAAGAUGUUCAUGUCUGAGUUGUCUGGGAAUGUAAUCGAUAUAUGUCCAGUGGGAGCCCUGACUUCCAAACCAUAUGCUUUCACUGCUCGCCCUUGGGAGACCAGGAAGACUGAAUCCAUUGAUGUUUUGGAUGCUGUGGGUAGCAACAUUGUUGUGAGCACUCGUGGGGGUGAGGUGAUGAGAAUCUUGCCUCGUCUUAAUGAGGAUAUUAAUGAGGAGUGGAUUUCAGACAAAACCAGAUUUGCUUAUGAUGGUCUCAAGAGGCAGAGGCUUACUCAGCCGAUGGUGAAAAAUGAGUCUGGGCAGCUGGUCCCUACAACCUGGGAGGAUGUGCUGACUCGAGUUGCUGGAACAUUGCAGGGAGUAAAGGGCAAUGAAGUUGCUGCUGUUGUUGGAGGCUUGGCAGAUGCAGAGGCUCUUAUUGCUCUGAAAGACUUGCUAAAUCAUUUGAACAGUGACAGCCUGUGCACAGAGGAGGUGUUCCCAAUGGCUGGAGCAGGAUCUGACCUGCGUUCAAACUAUCUUCUGAACACUGGGAUUGCCGGCAUUGAAGAAGCUGACCUGCUGCUUCUGGUUGGGACAAACCCACGCUAUGAGGCUCCUCUGUUUAAUGCUCGAAUCAGAAAAGGCUGGCUUCACAAUGAGCUGCAAGUGGCUCUUGUAGGGAAGAGUGUGGACCUAAGUUACACGUACGACCAUAUUGGAGAAUCUGGCACUGUUCUACAAGAAAUUGCAGCAGGAUCUCAUCAGUUUUCCCAGGUCUUGGCUAAAUCCAAGCGUCCUGUUGUUGUGGUUGGAAGCAGUUGCCUGCAGAGAGAGGAUGGGGCUGCGAUAAUGGCUGCUGUGUCAACCAUUUCUCAGAAUGCUCGCGUCAGCAGUGGCGUUGAGGAAACCUGGAAGGUUCUCAAUGUGCUUCACAGGGUUGCCAGUCAAGUGGCUGCUCUUGAUCUUGGGUACAAGCCAGGAGUGGAGGCUGUCAGAAAGAACCCACCCAAAGUUCUGUUCCUGCUAGGAGCUGACUCCGGCUGCAUUACUCGCCAAGAUCUUCCCAAGGAUAGCUUCAUAAUUUAUCAAGGUCACCACGGAGAUGUUGGCGCAACAAUGGCUGAUAUCAUACUUCCUGGAGCGGCAUAUACUGAGAAAUGUAGCACCUAUGUGAACACGGAAGGCCGUGCCCAGCAGACUAAGGUUGCUGUGACCUCUCCAGGCAUGGCUAGGGAGGACUGGAAGAUUAUCAGGGCCAUAUCAGAGCUUGCUGGAGUGACUCUACCAUAUGACACCCUUGAUGAAGUGCGUGAUCGACUGGCAGAAGUUUCCCCAAAUCUGGUCCGAUAUGACGACGUUGAGGAGGCCAACUUUUUUAAACAGGCUAAUGAACUGUCAAAGGCUGUGAACCAGGCUGUCCUCCCUGAACCUUUAGUCCCUUCACAGCUCACUGUGAAGGACUUCUAUAUGACAGAUCCGAUAAGCAGAGCCUCCCAGACGAUGGCCAAGUGUGUGAAAGCUGUCACAGAGGGAGCACAAGCUGUGGAUGAGCCUGCCAUAUGUUAAAUCUCAGUGAAUAGCCAUCUAUACAUCACUGGCUGAAAAAAAAAAUAUAUACGCACAACUCUGCUGUUUGCACAUUCCCUAGAAACCUAUUUAUUUGCACUUGUGUUUUACUAUAGCAAAUGUGUGACAAUAACAGAUGCUGCACCGUUUACAUAAAUUAUGGAACUAACUCACUUUAUUAACCUACAGAAAUGUGUGUACUUGCAACAUGAAAAUGUAAGCAUAGGUUAAUGAUAUCUCCAGAGACAGUUUUAACAUGCACUUAUUUGUAGCUGUGACCAAAGGUUUUAAAUCCCAUUCCUUCUAAGGUAAAAAAAAACUGUGUUUUAUCUUCCAGCAUUAAAAAGUAUAUUUUCCUGAAGAUAUAUUGAAUAUAUUGAGUUCAGUCAUUUGUAUAAGAAUUAAUAAAACAGUUUUCUGUAGUAAGUGUAA